AUGACUCUUGAUAUCUUGUACUUGUUUCUUCUUACUCAAAUCCCCUAUAUUACUCAUACGACUUAUACUGCUGUUCACGAUUUUAUGAGCAAGAAGACUCUAAAGAGAGAACUCUCCUCCCAUCUCUUGAUUCUUGAAGUAGAUUACAAGGAGAUGAGACAAACGUUCAGUCUUUGCCACUUUGGACUUGCUGAAAUUGGAGACAUAGUUGAUUCAGUUAGGGAGGGUAUCAAGUAUAUAGUGGCUUUUGAGGGUCGGUUGAGAAAAUUUAGUGAUUUUGCUAAAAGAUUGAAACUCCCUGGCAAGAAAUUGAUUUUAGAUGUCCCUACACGUUGGAACAACACUUACAUAAUGUUGGCAACAGCCAUACAAUUCAAAGAAGUAUUUUCUACGUACCAUCAAAGUGAUCAAGCUUUUCAGUGGUUAGUAAGUCCUGGAGAAUGGGAGAAGGUUGAAAAUGUGAACCAACUUUUGUCAAUUUUUAACGAGGUGACCAGCAUAGUAUUUGGCAGUGAAUACCCAACUUCAAAUCUGUUUCUACCUAAGGUUUGGUGGAUGAAGGAAAUAUUGUUGUUGAAGUGUAGGGAUAAUAAUGACUACAUCAGGGCAAUGACGAGUAAAAUGAGUAAUAAGUUUGAGAAGUAUUGGGGUAAUUGCAAUUCAUUGAUGGCACUAGCAGCUAUGCUAGAUCCGAGAUACUUCCCUCUAAUUUACCCAGAGCUUAAAGCUUCUAUGAACAUUGAUAAUGUCCUAUCCAUUCUUCAUGAGUUAUAUGAGGAAAAUUCACAUUCUACAAGUGGUUCUACUAGAGUUGCUGCAGUCAAGAAAUCAACUGGUCAAUCAAUAUUUAUGGAAUACAUAAGAUCUAAUGACGUUGUACGACCCACUAAAACAGAUUUGGAUGUAUAUCUUGAAGAUGGCGUUUACAUAUGUGAAAAGGAUGUCGAUGGAGAAGACAGAGAUGCUGAGUUUGAGGCUUUGGCAUGGUGGAAAUUUAAUACCUUGAAGUAUCGUAUCUUCUUUAAGAUGGCGCGGGAUAUUUUACCUGUUUCAAUCACUACAGUAGCAUCAGAAUCAUCCUUCAGCACUGGUGGUAGAGUCAUUGAUCCUCACCGAGCGAGAUUAUCCACCGAAACAAUAGAAAUAAUAUUGUGUGGAAGUGAUUAG